UUAUUAUAAUAAAAUAAAAUUGAUUAACAAAGAAAUAACAUAUUGGACAUAUUUCAAUAAUGGAUUGGACUACCAUUAGUACUUGGUGGAGCAGAACUGCAACUUUACAAAUCCUUGGCAUACUACUUCUUGGUCAACUAGUUUCUUUCUUACUUGCUCUCAUGAGCAUUACUUCUUCUCUCAUAGCCCAAUUUGGUGUUGAUGCACCUUUAACUCAGAGCCUGUUUACAUAUGGAUCUUUAGCUUUGGUUUAUGGAAGCAUAUUGCUUUAUAGGCAUCAAAAACCUCUGGUUUCUUGGUAUUGGUAUUUGUUACUAGGCUUUGCUGAUGCUCAGGGUUGUUAUUUGGUUAUCAAAGCAUAUCAGUAUACUUCAGUUACUAGUGUAACAUUACUGGACUGUUGGACAGUACCUUGGGCAAUUCUACUCACAUGGAUCUUCCUUGGUACAAGAUAUUCCCUAUGGCAGUUAUGUGGAGGAACACUCUGUGUACUUGGCCUCUCUUUAGUCCUAUUUUCUGACACUUGGGAUGGUGGUGGUGGUGGUGGAGGUGGAUCAAAACCUGUCUUGGGUGAUGUACUUGUUAUUGUAGGGACAGUUUUCUAUGCAAUAAGCAAUGUUGUUGAGGAAUUUUGUGUUAAGAAAAAAGAUCGUGUUGAAACAGUUACCAUGCUUGGUGUUUAUGGAUUCCUAGUUACUGCUAUUGAAGUAUCUGUUCUAGAAUUGAAGACUCUGAAAUCAAUCAAAUGGUCUUCAGAUAUUGUACUUGCUUUUGCUGGCUAUGGUGUGUCAAGCUUCAUGUUUUACUCACUUGCUCCUUUUGUUCUAAAGUUGAGCGGAUCAACAAUGUUUAAUCUUUCUCUUCUAACAUCUGAUAUCUGGGCAGUGGUUUUUAGAGUUUUCAUUUAUCACCAGAAGGUGGAUUGGUUGUACUUUGUUUCCUUUUUAGUUGUGGCCAUUGGUCUCAUCAUUUAUUCUACAACAGAGAAGAAAUUAGUUCCUGCAUCAGCUACUACUGAGGAUGAGAAUCUGAACACAGAAUACCAAAUACUUAAUGGUGAAAAUGAAAGCUCAACAUUUGCUCAAAAUGAUUCUUUAGCUUCAAGAGGGAAACCUCAUUGGAAAUUGGAUGGAGAGGCUUCGUUGGGCUAGCUUCUUUUAAUUAUGGCUAAAAUAUAAUUUGGUCCCUGCAAAUAUGACGAGUUUGAGUUUUGGUCCCUGGUAAAAUAAAAUUUUGAAAUUCAUCCUUGCAAAAUAUUUUGUUUUUUAAAAUAGUCUCUAGACACACUUUCUUGCUGAUUUGUCUCAUUUCAGCCUAUGUGGCAGAUGCUGAUUGUACCAACUCGCACACGUGAUUUUUAAGUAUUUUAUAAAUAUUUUAUAAAUCAUUUACUAAAAUAAAAUCAAAAUUCAUAAAAAAAAUGGUUUUAUUUAAUAUGUUUCAUCUUCUUCUUCUUUGCGUGUUCGUUCUACCAGUACCACCACCAUCAUGCCCUUCAUCGCAAACUGGAAAAACACACAGAUCUCCAUCUUCUUCACAUGAAUCUUCAACCAAAAAAAUCUUAUCUUCUUCAAACCAACAUUCCAUUCCAAACUCAUAAACUAAUCUAAUUUCAACCCAAAUCCAACAACUCAUCAAUUCUUUAUCCAACCCUAGAAUAAAAAAAACUCAGAAAUCCAUAUUCUUCUUCCGUUGCCAUCCUCCUUCCAAUUAUUGUUGUGCCUGUUGGGAUGCUUCAGUUUAAUUAUAGUUGUGCCUAUUAGGAUUAUUGUUGUGCUUGUUGGGUUUUAUUUGUUUCUAGGAAGCUUUCGUUGGAAUGGUAUGAGGAAGAAGAUGAAAGUAACAUGAACUCUAAUUUCAAUUAUCCUCCCUUUAUAUUUUAAUUAAUUUAAAAUAUAGAAAAUUAAUACAAAUAAUAAAUAAAAAUAUUUUUCAGGUUUAUUAAUUUAUUUAAUUCUUUUUAAAUUCCACGUAUUUGCCACGUGGUCAACUUUACACAAUCGGCAUCUGCCACAUAUGCAGAAAUGGGACAAAUCAGCAAGAAAGUGGAUCCAAUGACUAUUUUAAAAAACAAAAAAAUUUGCAGAGAUGAAUUU